CGGCAUGCGUAACUUUUGACAUAUAUAACCUAAAAAUAUAAACAUCAAUCGUUUUUGUUGUUUUUUGGAAUUCAUAACGAUGCCAAAAGUGAGAAGAAGCAAAAAAUCGCCCCCAGAGGGUUGGGAGCUAAUAGAACCAACUUUGGACGAGUUGGAACAGAAAAUGCGCGAAGCUGAGACUGAAACUCAUGAGGGAAAACGUAAAAAUGAGUCGCUGUGGCCGAUAUUCAAAAUACACCAUCAAAAAUCGCGUUAUAUAUUCGAUUUGUUCUACAGAAGAAAGGCUAUAAGUAGGGAGUUGUACGAUUAUUGUUUGAAUGAAAAUAUAGCGGAUAAAAACUUGAUUGCGAAGUGGAAGAAGCAGGGAUAUGAAAAUUUGUGUUGCUUGAGGUGUAUACAAACCAGGGAUACCAAUUUCGGGACGAAUUGCAUCUGUAGGGUUCCAAAAGGGAAGCUUGAAGAGGGAAGGAUUGUGGAGUGUGUUCACUGUGGAUGCAGGGGCUGUUCCGGUUAGGUUUAGUUUAGUAAGUUAUAAUUUUUUUUGAUGAAAUAAAACAAUAAAUACUGAAUACAAAAU